UACGGUCACAUUGCCAGGGCGUUGACAAGGCGUUGUUGUCAUUUUAUAAAGUUAUUUUACAUUUUGUAAAUAGCUAUUUUAUUUAUGAAAAAUGGUUGUCCUAAGCUCCUGCUGGUCACCAAUCAUUUGGUCAAAUAACGUGCGCACAGGCAGCUAUGCAGUUGCCGCCUACACGGCAGCUCUAAGCGUUGUUUUAAUCACGCUCAUCAGCUACAUGCUCGCUGGCGGAGAAUCUGGACAGCUUUAUUCGCCCCUAUUUGAAACGGACAUCAGGUCGUCUAUGCCCAUCGCUGGAGGCUUCUUUAUAAUAUACUUUCUGCUGAUUAUAAUAUCAUCCUUCCUUGUAUAUUAUGGCAUUAAGAUAAGCACGCGUGGCUGGCUCUUGCCCUGGCUAUUUUUGAUUGGACUUGCGAUUCUGUUUCAAUUCUGCUGGAGCCUUUGGUUAAUUGGCGGCUACUACAUAUACUUGGAGCAAACAUUCUCAGCGCUGAUAAACUUCGUUUGGGUUGCCUAUAAUAUAUACUGCUGGCUCGUUGUUUUCUCGCAAUACCAAAUCUUUCUGGAAAUACAGAACCCUAAUAUCGAACUCUUGAUGCCUUAAGAGCGAGUUUCCAUUCGAAAUGCCAAUCGAAUA